AUAGAGACACCCAACCCAUGCCAGUGGACAGUCGUUUCCAGAGAAAGAUGACGGGAAAGCUUCCAAUCAAGGAAUACAAAUUCGUUGGUCCCCUAUAUCUCUAUAAAGUUCCGAACGAAAGUGGAAAAUAUCGGUUAAUUGGCUUCAAUCAAGUCUGGUUGGGUUGCCCUCAGCCCCUCUGUAUAUCCCCUGGUUUUGACGCAAUAUUAUCAGCCGGUUCUAUUUAUGCGGGAUCACCCGGUUAUAUAUACCACGGUCAUCAUGGUAGAGAAAACAUGAUUAUCGUGUUUCGAGGAAAUUAUUUCUGGCACUACGACCUCUCGGCUAAAAGAGCUCCAAAACACCCGCCGCUCACUGAUUGGGCCGUUCGAGUGGCCGACCGUUUUAUCGACCACCGAUACUAUCGUUAUAGUCAUUACACGACACGAAAAAGUCGAUUAUAUCCUAAAACUUCGUCGAGUAGUUUUAUGAAUGACUCGAUGGUUGUCCCCACUUAUAUCGAUGCCAUUGUUCCCGGAAUUAACAAAUAUAACAAUUGCAUCUAUUUUUUCAAAGACGACCAGUUUGUAUGCUAUGAAUUAUUUUCAACGAUUUCCGCCCCAAUGAAAAUCAGUAACGAAUGGAAAUCAACGGAACCGACGUGGAAGUCAGCCAGGUUUGACGCAGCCUUUCAUAUUAAAAGUUUCAUAUAUUUCAUCGCCGGUCAACAGAUUUGGUGUUUCACUUCAGACAGGAUUGCGUGUCAUAAAUAUCCGAUGAAACUGACAGACAUUCACAAAGACUUUCCUAAAAGCAUAACCACAGCGUUUCAACACCAGGACUUUCUGUACAUUAUUAAAGGAUCUCUUUAUUACAAGAUUCCUGUCUCGAAAUUUCCAUCUAAGAUUAGCCAUGAUGACUUGGAAGCGAAGUACAUAUUCCAGGAUCUGUUGGGCUGUGAUGAGGGCAUGUAUACGGCCUGGGGUUUCGACAGCUAUGACUACUUUAUCGAGAAUUUUGCGAAACGGAUGCAAAACGAGAAUUCCUAUUCAAGUGAAACCCAUUUUAAUCCAACUUUUCUAAUCGUUAGUAAGAGUUAG